AUGCCGAAGUCACUCCUCGCCAAAGACGCUGACCUCUCUUACCCUCUGAAGGAGUUCCAGCCUCUUCUCAAAGGGCUCCCGGAGUUCGACGUCUCCGUCCACCCCAAUGAAGGCACCUUCGUCGAUGGCAUCCGUGUCAUCGUGGUCAAGCCUGCCAAAGCCACUGGAAAGACCCCUGCUGUCCUCUGGAUCCAGGGUGGCGGAUUCAUUAUCAGCACUCCUGACCAUUUUGCGAAGGCCGGUUUCGCCACCGUGCUUCUCGAGUACGGCCUCGCCCCUGAGAACCCCUGGCCCACUCCACACAACCAGCCUCUACACAGCGGCGAGUUCACCAAAUACGGCAACACUAACCGCAUCUGGCAAUGGCUUACCAGCACAGAGGGUCUCUCCUUCGUCAACGCCGACCCCGAGCGCCUCGUGUUCUCCGGAACGUCCUGUGGUGCUAUCCUCGCUGAGGUCGCCAUUAUUCGGCACAAGCAGGAGAACCCCACGCCGGGCAUCCAGCCGCGCCUCGUUCUCCUCGACAACCCCAUCCUCGACAACCGCCCCGGGCUCUACCCGUCCAUGGACCAGGAGCAUCCGCUCUCGCCCUCGCCCUUCUGUACCGCGAAGAAAAACACAGACGCGCUCUACUGGCUCAACGCGCCCUCAAACUGGGAAGGAUUCCCCGCGUACGCGUCCGAGGAGCAGCUCCGGGGUCUGCCGCCGCACCACAUAGCGAUCGCGGAGAUCGGCUGCUUCCGCGACGAGGCGGUUGUAUUCGCGCAGCGGCUCAUGAAGCUCGGCGUGCGCAUGGACAUGCGCCUCUACGUCGCCACGACGCACACGUACUCGGCCAUGUUUGAGACCCCCGCGUCGCACAGCACGCGUGAGGACUAUGUACAAAUCUGCAAGCUCGCGUUCCGGGAGCUGUGA